UGAAUUUUCCGCGAGUAGAGGUUGGUUUAACCGUUUUAAGGCUCGUGCAAAUUUGCAUAAUGUGAAGCUGCAAGGUGAAGCUGCUAGUGCUGAUAGCGAAGCAGCAGAAAGUUUUCCAGGUGGUUUGGCUGAGAUAAUUAAGGAUGGUGGUUACACGGCUGACCAAGUCUUUAAUGUGGAUGAGACUGGAUUAUUUUGGAAAAGAAUGCCAAAUCGAACGUACCUUUCCAAGGAGGAGAAGUCAGCACCUGGCCAUAAAGCUGGAAAGGAGCGACUGACUUUGCUGUUUGGGGCCAAUGCAAGUGGUGAUUUGAAACUGAAGCCCUUGCUGGUGUAUUUGGCCGAGAAUCCCAGGGCUUUCAAGGGCAUUUUCAAGAGUCAACUCCCUGUGAUUUGGAAAUCUAACAAGAAGGCGUGGGUUACCUUAAUGGUCUUCGAAGAUUGGUUCAAUGACCAUUUCGUGCCAGCAGUGGAGCGGUAUUUGACUUCGAAGGGUCUGCCUUUUAAGGCCCUCUUAGUCCUGGACAAUGCCCCUGGUCACCCUUCAAAUUUGAGCGACAUGCAUCCUAAUGUGAAGGUGGUGUACCUCCCACCCAAUACCACAUCGCUGAUACAGCCAAUGGACCAGGGAGUAAUAGCUAAUUUCAAGGCUUACUACCUUAGAAGGACCAUACGUUUUGCUUUGAGGGCCAUAGAAGCUAACAAGGAGUUGACACUGAAGCAAUUCUGGAAGGGCUACAACAUUGCAGAUGCAGUGAAGAACAUUGCAAGUGCUUGGGACGAGGUGAAGACGACCACUUUAAAUGGGGCCUGGAGGAAACUGUGUCCACAGUUUGUGCACAGUUUUGAAGGCUUUGACCAGGCAGAAGACGUCGAGACUGUGACGAGGAAGAUCGUAGGGCUAAGCAAGAGGCUGCAACUAGAUCUUGAACCUGAUGAUGUAACAGAGCUGCUGGCUUCCCAUGGAGAGGAAUUGUCUGCAGAGGACUUACUAGAACUUGAACAACAAAUGAUUGAGGAAGAGGAGGCGGCACCAGAGCCAAAACCCAGGUCAUUAACUGUGAAAGGCUUGUCAGAGGGUUUUACUCAUCUGGAGAGAGCCUUGGCUUCUUUUGAGGCAGAAGACCCUAACGUUUCUAGGUUUGACAAAAUCAAGAGAGGAAUCAUGGAUUUGGUGACUUUCUACAAGGAGACCCUGAAGGAGAAGCAGACGAAGAGAAGUGUGCAGUCCAGGCUUGACACUUUCUUUCACAAGUCUCCAGUACCACCACCUCCCACUCCUAGUCCUGGUAAGGAAUUCUGAACUGUUUUACUAAUUUAUGUGUUUACAUAGUGUACAUAUUAAAAUGUGUUAAUUUUUUAAUGUAACAACUAAAUGUAAGAGUAAAUUGUAACUUCAUUAAUUUUCAUCAUUUGUAAUUUUAUUGCAGAAGUGGUGACAGUUCCAGAUCCCCCUGUACUACCUGUGACAGUUCCAGAUCUCCCUGUACUACCUGUGACAGUUCCAGAUCUCCCUGUACUACCUGUGACAGUUCCAGAUCCCCCUGUACCUGGACCCUCUGUAUCAGCCCGCCCACCUGUACAAUCAGGUAAGCAAUUUCAUUUUUCUCAUUUUCAUGUUGGAAAUUGUUUACACCCUACAUACAUACGUACACUAACUUACAUAGUGGUACAAUGUGUUUGAUGUUGCAUAACCUUAUUAUUUUUUUUUUUUUUCAUUUCAGACCCCUUUGAUAGUGACAGUGACCCAGAUGACCCUGAGCCUUUCCAUGGUUUUGAUGCCUCGCCCUAUACAUCAGGUAAGGAAUCCUUAACAAAUUUGUAUAAAAUGUUUUAUAAAUUGCUAAUAGAAAUUUUAUUAAAAGUGUACAUAUGCUACAAUUACAUCCACCUUAUAAUAUAUUUAUGUACCCUAUCAUUCUUUCCAGAUGUAGAUGUUCCCUCAUCAGUUGAUACGAGUAUCACCUCUCCAGAGCCCAAAUCAGUUGAUACGAGUAGUAUCACCUCUCCCAUUCCUUCAGACUCCCAAGCACCUGCCCAUCCCACUCCAUAGCCCAGCCACCCACUCUCAUGUACCAUAUGGCCAUCCCAGUAAGCAAGCCAACCACUAGAAUUUGACUGGCAUGCACCUGUGACUUACAUAAACCAGACCUCUACAUAGCCUACAUGUCUUCAUUUUGCUGAAGACUGCCCAUCAUCCUAGCCUGUUAUCUGUGAUAAAGCACACUGAAGUUAGGUUUGGAAUGCAUCCUUAUCAUGAAUGCUCUACACCUCCACCUCCAUCUCCCACAACCUAGGUAACAGCUUUGAGACUCACUAAAAGUUGAACCCCCUGAAUGAUGUAGGCUAUGGGGCCACAUAAGACUUUGUCCAUCCAGGGUUACAUUGAAAGACAACUUUAAACUAAAAAACCAACAUUUUUCACACAACUCCAGGUUGUUACUACAAGUGUCAUCAAGGGAUAACUACAAGUAGAAGCACCAUUUUUGGAUGGAAAAAACCCUUCAGGAAAGUAUACGUAUCACAUGUAACAUGUA